AUGAGGGGAGGAUCUCUGGAUUCUAGGGAUUCCUCCGUGGGUAGUCAGAUCCCUCGCCGCUCCAAGCUGCCACCACACUCUCCAGAUGUUAUUGUCAAGCAUACUAUUAGCGUGGACGACCCUGCUCAUAUUCUUAUACAACAUAAAGAGGAACGACGCAGAAACUUCAAUUCUCUAGUCCGCAGAUACAAACACCAGAUCCUCUACGGUUGCGAAAAUCCGAAUUGCCGUAUGCCAACUUGUUUGAAUUAUCAAAAACGAGUUUCUGAAGGACCCUUUCGACCCUAUACCGAGCUCAGCGCACGCACGUUGGCAUGCUAUCUGGCUAGUCAGGACAACCCGGAAAAGGCGCUCUGUCGCAACCCGCCACGGCCAACUUCCGACUUUUCGCCAACCCGUCAAGCACCUCAUUUGGAAUACCGGGCAUAUAGCGCAGGAAGGAAGCCACAUCAAUCCGAACACACAGAAAAUGAAGCUCACGCUGAGUCCCACCGGCCUUCAUCUAGUAUCAGUACAGCGCCUCCGGCACAAGAAAACGUCAGGCACUCCUCCCGGGACUCGCAACUAUCUGGAUUGUCGAGAACGAAAGACCCCAAGUCAUUUACGCAGAAUCUUUUCGAUACCUUGUCGUUGAGGAUGGUAGAAUGGCUUCCCUUGCGCCAGACUACUACCGACGCCUCGGACUAUGCAACUCCCAUCUCCGUGAGAUCAUAUAAAAGCCAAGCGCAUCCGGCAGAUUCCAAAGAACGCGAUAGCAACGAUACACCACGACGAACCCACACUCACACUGCCAGCAAUCCCUCAUCCGAACCGACGACACCGUCGAAUCGGCCAAAGCGACGUUCGAAUUCCAACCUCGACCGCAAGUCUACCUCACAAACAUUGAAGCGCGUUACACUAGAAGAAACAGAUACAUGGCGGCCGACGCCUCGAUCGGGUACUGAGAUCAAAUCGCGAGACGGUCGGUCCACCACGUCGAGAACUGUACCUUCUAAAACGUAUUCCCAACACCAUAUCCCUACGCCGCCUCCCGCUCUUAAGCAUCGUGCACCAAAGGCAAGCAAGACCUCAAACGAUCCUACAACAAAAUUACCGAAGCAAAGUAGACGUGUCUCUUGGGAUGGGUCAAAGCUUUUGAGAGAAUCAGCAGAACUUUCGGAUGUUAACGACGAGACGACAGAGAAAGAGACACCGGCAUUAUCUUCUGAAGUUCUUGAUCUGAAGCCGCCGAGCAUACACAAUAUUUCGUACCCAGCAACGUCAGUUGAUACAGUCAGCCAUCUAAAUGCUGACAUAGUGGAUGGCCUCUCCCAACUUUUAGCAGACAAUGAAGAAGACGCACAGAAAUGGAAGGAGGAACUUGAGUAUAUGAACAUUCAAGGGAAAUCCGAGAAUCAUAAAUGGCGUUAUGCGACACUUCGUCAGCGUGAAGUGUUCCCUUUCGUCGCCCAAUCGGUGUUUUAUGGACUAAAUAGCAGUCGGCAAUUGACAAAAUCUUUUCGACGAAAACGCCCAUUGUCACAGCACUCUCGAAAACCUAGUGAUAGCAUCACUGUCGAUCUUCACACAUUGGAGUCUACACUCCGAAAGAUCCAAGAUAUUUGUCCUGGCGACCUGGUUCUGAACAGCCUGUGGAACUCCUUGGAACAAUUGUUUAUGCCUCCUAGAGAUAUGCCUGUAGGAGUCAGAGCCAGUCGACGCGUGUCGUACAUCCAACCAGACAACUUAACACCUGACGCAUCACAGUCCUCCCCAUCAUAUGAACCACUUUCCGACGCAGAUGCUGCUCACAUGCUUACAGUUGUCUUCUUCGCAUUGAUAACCUUCCUACCAAAAGUCGACGGGCAGACUUGGCGAGGUAUCCAACAAAUACGUGAGGCAGGAACCGUAUUGCCGGAAGCUCAAAUGCAAAAGCUGGACGCUAAAAGUACCGCUUUGGUUGUCAGUGUCACGGAUAAGCUGGAACAUGAUUUAGCAUUGCGACUUGUUCACCGCUUGGUGCGUGCUCUUACGGCUCGGCUAGCAUUCUACGAGAUUUCCAAGACCAAAGCACUCCCCAGUGUCGAUGUCAAGAAAAGACGGGACCGGAGUGUCUUAGAUCUUCUAUAUGAUAAUCUGCGCGAGCACCAUGAGUCUUUGAAAAAAGCCGCCGAGGGUGAUGGCCAGACUGUCGCCAUUGAUACACCGGUUGCUGCAGCUAUGAUCGUUGAGUGGAUUCGCACGUUGUUCCUCAAAGAAUGGGAUGGUAAGCCUGAAAUUCCUAGAUCAGAAGCCGCCGGUGGCGCAAUCCAGAUCCUUUCAUCCAUGUAUAAAAAUAGACAUCGCCUCGGCCUCGAAGCUGAAGCUUUCUAUACAAGUUUCCUGGCAGAGAGGCUCGACGCAAUGGAAAUGCCCGUUGAAUGGCUUAGCCGGACUUCAAACAACCGAACCAUGCAUCUGUUGUCAUUCACAUUUCUAUUCCGCCCUGCUGCGCUCGUCAAGUAUUUCCGUGCAAUUAAUUAUGCUGCCAUGUCAAAGGCAUAUGAAGCCGGAAUGAUCACACAACGACAGGCGAGUCGAACAGCCUUCAACCGCACCAUCCAGAUUGCAGAUGAGAUCAAUCUGUUAGCCCGUCUGCAUACCUCGAUGAAUCAAUACUUUGUCAUUUCCGUGCGGCGUGAGCAUAUCCUACAAGACGCAUUCAAUCAGAUAUGGCGUCGGGAACGACGUGAGCUCUUACGACCUCUCAAAGUCAAGAUGGGAACAGAUCUUGGAGAAGAAGGAGUUGAUCUUGGUGGUGUUCAACAAGAGUUCAUGACGUUAGCCUUUGCUGAGGCGCUGAAUCCCGAGCAUGGGAUGUUCACCGUUGAUCCGAUUACUCGCAUGGCAUGGUUCCAGCCAUGUUCGCCUGAAAGUCUAGAGCAUUUUGAACUCGUGGGAAUACUAAUGUCAUUAGCCGUAUACAAUGGUCUCACGAUCCCCGUCACGUUUCCUGUUGCGUUAUAUCGCAAACUUCUGGAUCUCAGAAUCAAGCGUACUGAGCAUAUUCGGGAUGGUUGGCCCGAUCUUGCCAAGGGAUUGGAGAGUCUAUUAACAUGGAAUGAUGGAGAUGUUGAGGAUGUAUUUGUGAGAAGCUACGAAUUCAGCUUUGAGGCAUUCGGCAGUGUGCAAACGGUGAAUAUGGAGCGGGUAGACAGGGAUGCCGAGUGGCCUAUAAUUGAACGAGUUCCGAGCCGAGAACGAAGACGCAGCAGUGUUUCCAAUUACUCGUCCGGAAUUCAAGAAGACAAUGUCGCCGGCAACGAGGCAUCGGAAGAGCAAGCUGAAAGCGACAUUGGCUCAUUCCAGACCGGUAUUCUUAAAGGUGCCGAUUACAAGACUUCUCUGAACACAUUCACACCCAGGGAGGAUACAGAAGAAUCAAAUCUUGUCACCAACGCAAAUCGUGAGCAGUACGUCAAAGAUUACCUCUUCUGGUUGACGGAUAAAUCCAUCCGCCCACAAUACGAAGCAUUUGCUCGAGGAUUCUUCACCUGCAUAGAUCGUUCGUCACUUGCACUGUUCACGCCCGAAAUACUCCAGACAGUGAUUGAAGGUACACAAGAAAUCGAUAUAGAGGAACUGCAACGCCAUGCCACCUACGACGGCGGCUGGGACGGCAAGCAUCCUCUUAUCAUCGCAUUUUGGAACAUUGUCAAGAAGUAUUCGCCUGAACAAAAGGCUCGACUACUCGAAUUCGUCACUGCCAGUGACCGAGUUCCGGUUAGCGGUAUUUCCAGUAUCAAUUUUGUCAUCCAGAGGAAUGGUUCUGGGAAUGAUCGUCUACCGACGAGUUAUACGUGUUACGGUCGACUGCUUCUGCCGGAGUACACAAAUGUUACAGCCUUAGGUCUGAAUCUCGACAUGGCAUUGAAGAACUCGCGUGGAUUUGGCAAUUUUUAA